AUGGAAGGAGCUGAAUUAGAUGGUUUAGAAUCUUAUUAUACGAUCGAAAAUAAUCAUGUCUGUCUAAAUAAAGGUGUAAUUACCGAUUCAGAUGGUAUGCUAUACAACAAUGGAGAGUGUACUGAUGUACGAUUACCAUCAAUUCUGACUGAUGCCUGUGGAGGAAUGCUAUGCUUACCAGACAGCGUGUACUUUCUUGGAGAUGAGGAUUAUGGAUUGAAGCUUCUGAUACGGAACUGUUAUUUGCAAUUACUCAAUUUAAUUGAGAAGAAUAGAAAGCAAGAUGGCCCAGCCAAAAGAGGUUGUGCGAUUACUGGCACACCCGAUGAUAUUAAUUGUCUCUACCAUUUACGUUCUGUUGAAAUCCCAAUACAACUGGUUGAUGAAGAAGGUGUAUCACAGUUUGUGGAGGCAUUAUUAAUUUUACGGAAUAACCUAAUUGUCAACAUUUCUUUGCUGAUGAAUGCACCAGAGGCUAAAUCAGAGCAUCAAAAAAAACGAAGUUCUACAGUGUCCUCAUAUCGAGAAGAUAAUUGA